CAACAACCAGGAACGCAAAAAUGGCCGCUGUUCAGGGUGCUAUCUCCAAGCGUCGCAAGUUCGUCGCCGACGGUGUCUUCUAUGCCGAGCUGAACGAGUUCUUCCAGCGCGAGCUGGCUGAGGAGGGAUACUCCGGCGUCGAAGUCCGUGUCACUCCCACCGUCACCGACAUCAUUGUCCGUGCCACCCACACCCAGGAGGUUCUUGGUGAGCAGGGUCGCCGCAUCCGCGAGCUCACCUCCCUCAUCCAGAAGCGUUUCAAGUUCCCCGAGAACUCCGUCUCCCUCUACGCCGCCAAGGUCCAGAACCGUGGUCUCUCCGCUGUCGCUCAGUGCGAGUCCCUCCGCUACAAGCUCCUCAACGGUCUGGCCGUCCGCCGUGCCUGCUACGGUGUCCUCCGCUUCAUCAUGGAGAGCGGUGCUAAGGGUUGCGAGGUUGUUGUGUCCGGAAAGCUCCGUGCUGCCCGUGCCAAGUCUAUGAAGUUCACUGACGGUUUCAUGAUCCACUCCGGUCAGCCCGCCAAGGAGUUCAUCGACUCUGCCACCCGCCACGUUCUCCUCCGCCAGGGUGUCCUCGGUAUCAAGGUCAAGAUCAUGCGCGGUUCCGACCCCGAGGGCAAGGCCGGCCCCCAGAAGACCCUCCCCGACUCGGUCACCAUCAUCGAGCCCAAGGAGGAGCAGCCCGUUCUGCAGCCCAUGUCCCAGGACUACGGUGCCAAGGCCCUUGCCGCCCAGCAGGCCGCUGAGCAGCAGCGUCUGGCUGAGCAACAGGCCGCUGAGGCCGAGGGUGCCACCGAGGGUUACGCUCAGGAGUAA